AUUAAAGCCUCAUUACCUUCAAUAACAGACUUUAGAAAUUAAAUACAUUUCUUACAUUUUCCAUAGGAUUUGCCAGCCCUGAUCACAAUUCUUCUUCCCAAGACUUGGAGAAAAUAAUGUUUGGUGACUUGGCAUUAGGAAUUAUCUUCCUUAUUCAAAUGGGAGUCGGCAUUCUUGGGAAUUUCUUCCUCCUUGGUCUAUACAGUUUCACUUUAUUCAUUGGCCAAAGACUGAGACCAAUAGAUUGCAUUUUUGCUCACUUAACCUUGGCCAACUCAGAAGUGCUGCUCUCCAAGGGAAUCCCUCAUACAAUUGCUUGUUUGGGUAUCAAAAAUUUUUUGGAUCGUAUUGGGUGUAGAAUUACUGUUUGUAUUCAAAAUGUGGCCCGGAGUGUUUCCCUCAGCAUCACUUGCCUCUUGAGUGGUUUUCAGGUCAUCACCAUCAGUCCCAGUAACUCCAAAUGGGCAGAACUCAAACCCCAAGCUCAAAAGUGUGUUGUCCACUCCUGCUUUCUCUGUUGGUGCUUCUACCUGUUGAUAAAUUUCACUUUACUUGGUACUAUGCAUAACUCAAGGUACCUGACUAAUAAUACAAAAAUGUGGUAUCUGGGAUAUUGUUCAAAUUUAAGUCCUUCCUCUUUUAAUGCUGCACUUUUUGCAGUUGUCUUUUCUAUACCUGAUAUUAUGUGUGUGGGAUUCAUGAUCUGGGCCAGUGCCUACUUAAUAUUUCUUCUGCACAGGCACCAUCAGCAAGUCAAACAUAUUCAUAAUCCUCAUCUCUCUCUCAAAGCUUUCCAUGAGAAAAGAGCCACACAUGCUGUCCUCCUAUUAGUGAGUACAUAUGUCUCCUUUUAUUCACUUAAUUCUGGCUUGUCAUUUUACUUCUUUCAAAAAGACAAACAUCAACCUUGGUUGGUGGGCAUUUUAGAUCUCUUAGGAUCAUGGUUCCCAGCCAUUUGUCCUUUUGUGCUGAUUUUCUGUGACCACCAAAUCCGCAAGAGUUGGUAUGAUCUUUGGCAUAGGGGAUAUUGUUUUCUCUUUUGUUAUGCUCUCUUCAACCAUUGCUCUCCCCAGAAUUCUGCCUUAAAAAUAUAA